AUGAAGGGUCUCCUCAGUACGCUGUGUCUAGCCCUCGCUCACUUUUGUCAAGUGGCCGAGACCAAGUCCGGGUCUUGGUCUGGCACCAACAACUACUUCCUGCAAGGCAUAUCAGACUCAGCCCAGGACGCUUAUAUCCAGACCUUGUCCUCCUACGACACCAAAGUUGUCAGGUUGUGGGUCAACCAAGCUAGCAAGGGCUGCCAGAAAGGGAGCCAGAUUGUCAGGGAUAUCCCGCAGUUGGAGACCACUAUUGGACAGUACAACAAGGUAACUUUGGAUGAGAUUGAUAAGCUUCUGGUCAAGUUGUCGGACAAGAACAUCAAAGCUAUCAUCUCACCCCAUGACGCCAACUCCUUGAUUGGAGACUACAGAAAGGAUGCCUAUUGGGCCCGAUGGGGCUCUGGGUAUUUCUAUGGGAAGCAGGACGCCUUUGAUGCAUACGACGCGCGUCUGUCGUACAUUCUUAACUACAAGGGCACAUACUCUGGCAAAGUCUGGAAGAACUGGCCGAACGCCAUCUUUAGCUUUAACCUGCAGAAUGAACCCAUGACUCCUGGACCUAGCAAUUGCAAGAACGGCGACCCUUCAGGCUGGGCAUGUGGCCGUGCAACCUUCAUGCGCAACGCGGGACUCGACAGCCAUAUCCUGAUUUCCACCGGUGGCCUAGGCGGCGACUUUUCACACGGUUGCACCUUUCUCCCUGCGGUCACGCAGUGCAAGGCCAUUGAUGCCAUUUCCGUCCACCGUUAUGCGAGUGUCCCUGGCAAAUGGAGCGCCAACUUACCCAACUGGCUGAAUCAGGCCAACGGAAAGAAGGUCUAUCUCGAGGAAUGGGGAGUCGAUUCGCAACAGUACGAUCAGAAGUCGGCAUUCGUCUCGGAAGUGAAUGACAUGAACUCUGCUGGCCUGCCUAACAUGUACUGGCAACUUCUUCCCCCAUCGUCUGGAGGCUGUAGCUACAACCCCAAGAAUGAUGCUGGUGAUCCUUUUGGCAUCUACACUAACUCUGGAGUCAACUUGGCGGGUCCGAUAAAUGGUGCUACCUCAUCGGGUGCUGCUCAAGACUGGACUGAUAGAUAUGGAUUUGCAUGCACAGAAAGCUUGCGAGCGUCCACAAGCAUAUCGCGCCAUAUCAUUCCUUUUCGCUUUUGUCAACUAUUCACCGAGACAAUGAACCAGCAAUCGAUCUCUCAAUCUACUGAGAAUGAGAAUGAGGGCGGUGGACUGACCCUCAUACCGGUCAAAUUCAAGAAUGAACUGAAACGACUACGAGAUGUCAACGGGCUCCACGCGACACCUCGGACGAUCUAUCUCGAUGCCACAGGAAUAGCCAAAGACGAGUUAAUCAACCUCCACUUAUUCAUUCCAUCGAAUAGAAUACUUUACACGUUCAAUGUGAGAAAACUUGGAGAUGCAGCCUUCUCGGCCGUCGGCAACAGCGAAAUAUCUCUUCGAACGCUGCUCGAGUCGACAAAGAUCCCCGAAGUGGGAUUCGAUAUCCGCGACAUAUCCCGAAUCUUGUUUCACCGAUUCAAAGUGUCACUAGGCGGAGUUCAUGACGAUCCCGGCAAAAUUCGGUGGCACAAUCCCGAUGAUGCAAAAGACCUACGGUUCUACCAAGAAUUCGGCCAUGCGCCGUAUUGGAUCAUGAAGCGGGUCAAGAUAUUCCCAGUAUUAUGGGAGAUUUACAACACGAAGCUUAGCAAGCCAAAGAAUGCAGUCUGGCUACCCUAG